AUGUCGUCGCCAGUGGAACAAAAUUCGCGAUCGGGGACGCCUCGGAAGCGUUCGGAGAGUGCCGUAGCACCAUCGUCACGGCCCCUAUCUAUGCAGUCCUCUCACGGGGGGUUAGAAGGGCGAGACCGGCCGCAAUCAGCUUCUCGACACGAUAAUCCACAGUUCCCAAGUGCUGGGUUCGACAGCAUUGACCGAGUGUUCCCUAUUCGAUCGGUGGUAUCAGUUGAUCCUCAUGCGGCCUCACACGCAACACAGGCUCGUUCAGCAGUGUCACCCACCCGCGAAAGCGCAGGCGCACGGCAAUAUUCAAUAAUAGAUUCCCAUGCGUGGAAUGAAUUGAAAUCUCAGUCUCAGUCUCCCCCUCCCGUGCUUUCAAAACCGCCCUCUCAACCGCCCUCGUCCCAUCCCAAAUCCGAAGCUGGACCAACUAUACCAGCCAAUACCGUUCGACAUGAAACACAUGCCGUGGAUGAUGCAACGGAGUUAGGAGCUCAUUCUAUGGCAUCUCAUGUUGCCCAACACCCUGAAAUAUACGCAGCGCCUAAAAGCGACAGUCAAUCCGGAAGCGCUACCACCCAAUUGCCAGCGUCGCAAGUCGCCCGACCCGAUGAGCCUCCUGGCCAUGUUACAGCACGGUCCACGCACAUUACAACGGAAGAUGGUCAUGCAGUUAUCACUGGAAGAGAUGGGAAAUCAUUCCAAUACUGCGAAGAUGAGCCUAUUCGGGUCCCGGGGGCGAUUCAGAGCUUUGGUGUAAUGAUUGCCAUGCGAGAGGAAGCGCCAAACCAGCUUGUUGUUCGCGUCGUGAGUGAAAAUUCGGAAACAUUAAUGGGAUACACUCCGAAUCAGCUCUUUUCUGUGGAUAACUUCUGUGAUAUCUUGAGUGAGGACCAAGCCGACAUUUUACUUGAUCAUAUUGAUUUUGUUCGCGAUGACGCCUAUGAUCCCAGUAUCGACGGGCCUGAAGUUUUUAUACUAGCUAUUCCGACUCAAUCUGGAGAAACCCGUCGAUUUUGGUGUGCGACCCACGUCAGCCCAACUCAAAAAGAUUUGAUUAUCUGUGAACUGGAGUUGGAGCACGAUGAAGUAAAUCCACUUAAUGUCGACGGCCAGGUCACACCAGCGACACCGGCUGAGACGUUGGGCGUUUUUCCAUCCGCCGAACAAUUCGCUGCCAGUACCAUCAACAUCAGCCAACCUCUACGCGUUCUCCGGAAUGCUCGUCGGAGAAGAGGCGAAGCUGCUGCUAUGGAUGUAUUCAGCUUAUUGACCCAAAUUCAAGAGCAAUUAGGCCGAGCCAAUGAUUUAGACCAGUUAUUGAACACCACUGCUGGUCUCGUGAAGGAACUCACUGGUUUUCAUCGAGUAUUGAUCUAUCAGUUUGACAGCAGCUGGAAUGGACUAGUUGUUGCAGAGCUAGUGGACCCAAAAACGACCAUCGAUCUUUACAAGGGUCUUCAUUUCCCAGCAUCCGACAUCCCUGCCCAGGCUCGUGAGCUCUACAAGAUCAACAAAGUCCGCCUCUUGUACGAUCGAGACCAUGUCACAUCUCGCCUCGUUUGCCGAACUUUGGAUGAUCUUGAAUCUCCAUUAGACAUGACUCACGCCUAUCUACGAGCUAUAUCUCCUAUUCACGUCAAGUACCUUGCUCAUAUGGAAGUUCGCUCGUCCAUGUCCAUUAGCGUCAAUGCGUUUAAUGAUCUGUGGGGUUUGAUAUCAUGCCAUUCUUACGGCUCGGCGGGCAUGCGGGUUUCCUUCCCUAUUAGAAAGAUGUGCCGUCUGCUUGGAGAUACAGUUUCGCGGAACAUCGAGCGGCUUUCAUACGCGUCGCGAUUACAAGCACGAAAGCUCAUAAACACUGUUCCUACCGAAGCCAAUCCUUCAGGUUACAUAAUCGCCUCGUCUGAUGAUUUACUACAACUUUUUGAUGCGGAUUAUGGCGCCCUUUCCAUUCGCGAUGAAACCAAAAUUCUCGGGAACAAUGCCCAUUCACAAGAGGUUCUCGCCUUACUAGAGUUCCUUCGUAUGCGGCAAAUAAAUUCGGUCUUGGCAUCUCAUGACAUUAUCAAAGAUUUCCCAGAUUUACAGUAUCCUCCUGGUCUCCAAGCAAUUUCCGGUUUGCUAUAUGUCCCAUUAUCGACCGGUGGCAGUGACUUUAUUGCAUUUUUCCGCAAGGGCCAGCUUACGCAAAUAAAUUGGGCUGGUAACCCUUACGAUAUCGCCAAGCGAAAGCAGACUGCUGGCUACUUGGAACCUCGCCACAGUUUUGCAGCGUGGCAGGAGACAGUUCUCAGUCAAUCCCGGGAGUGGUCUGAGACAGACGUCGAAACUGCAGCAGUAUUGUGUCUUGUUUAUGGUAAAUUCAUCAAGGUGUGGCGUCAAAAGGAAGCCGCUAUGCAGAAAUCCCAGCUCACACGAUUGCUUCUGGCGAAUUCUGCCCAUGAGGUCCGCACGCCAUUGAACGCAAUUAUUAAUUAUCUUGAGAUUGCGCUUGAGGGUGCCCUUGAUGAUGACACUCGUGAAAGCCUGACGAAGUCGCAUUCUGCUUCUAAGUCUUUGAUUUAUGUCAUCAACGAUCUGCUUGAUUUGACCAAUACUGAGACAGGACAAGAACUAAUCAAAGACGAAACAUUUGAUCUAAAAUCCACCUUGCACGAAGCCUUCGAUAUGUUGGCUGGAGAAGCUAAGCGCAAAAACAUUUCAUACUCUAUGAAUGCACAGCCAGGGCUUCCUUCCAAUGUCCUUGGAGAUCAGCGUCGAGUGCGUCAAGUUUUCUCAAAUAUCAUAUCCAAUGCCAUCCAGCAGACUGCAUCAGGAGCAGUUAUAGUCGAAAUAUGGCGCUCGGCUAAUCAACCGCUAAACGACCAUGUGGCAGUGGAAAUGAUGGUUGUAGACACUGGCGCAGGCAUGUCCAAGGCGGAUUUAGAAACACUUUUUUCUGAGUUAGAACAAGUGUCGACCGAACAAGACGAUUACGACGAACAGAAAAGUAUGACUGAGGAACAACCUCAGCAACGUGUCCUUGGACUAGGCCUUGCUCUCGUAGCAAGAAUCGUUUACAGUAUGCGGGGCCAACUUGGAGUCAAAUCAGAAGAAGGCAAGGGGAGCCGGUUUAAGAUUCUUUUGAACUUCCGUCUGCCAGAAGGGUCCGAAGAUAAGACUCCUGAUACUACCUCUGAUAACGCUACGGUUCCACCUACACCUAUGAUCUCAGAUCAAGAAUUUACUCUGACUCGCAAGGGUUCAGACACACGAGAAGCACGCCGGCGAAGUUCCGAAAGUCUACGGUCUGGAGGCAGUUCGCGAAGUGGACGCAGCCAUGCAGACCGACUCAUUAGUGCCAUGCAAGAACCUGCUCUCAUUCAAAGACCCCCCAGCGAGAGCUCUGAUCGUAGCAGGCUCAAGCACUCCGCCAGUCCUCACAGCGCUGGUCCUAUUUCCGCGUCAGUUGGUUCCCCGCCUUCACACAGCAGGUGGCCAUCGAACGUGCAAGAUCCUCUUGCUAGUCUCUCUACUGUCACCCACACUCCGCCAUUGACCCUCCAGCCAUUGUCAACCCCUCCACAUCCUGGGACAGAGAACAUUACCGAUUCAGGGGUCCCUAUGGGCGCUCUUCGAAUCUCCGAGCGUUCGGCCAAACGCACUAGUUCACAGCUCCAAGAACGGUCUUACUUCCCACUUAUGCCCGCUUCUCCACUGCGUACCCAAACAGUCGAAACCGUUUCUUCUGUGGGUAAAUCGUCUACGUCACCAACCUCCGUGCCUCCAGAUAAUUCAAAGCUUCUACAUGUUCUUGUGGCAGAAGAUGAUCCUGUCAAUAGCAAGAUCAUCCACAAACGCUUAACCAAGCUCGGACAUACUGUCGACCUCACAACAAAUGGCGAAGCAUGUGCAAACAUGUUCGCUACCCACAGUAAAGCUUUCGACUUCGUCCUCAUGGAUAUCCAGAUGCCCAUCGCGGAUGGUUAUACUGCAACCAAGAUGAUUCGCUCAUUUGAGUCUAAAGCAGGCACAGAUUCGCUUUCAAAUACAGCCAGACCCAAUUCACGUGUCCCUAUCUUCGCCGUUUCAGCUUCUCUUUUGGAGUCUGAACGACAGAAAUAUAUUGACACUGGAUUUGAUGGCUGGGUUAUGAAGCCCAUCAUCUUUAUCAGAUUAAAUGAACUUCUGAGUGGCAUUGUCGAUGCGGAUGCUCGGAAAGAAGCUACAUAUAAACCGGGCCAGUGGGAGAACGGCGGAUGGUUUUAA